AUGUCAAACGCGUCGAGUUCUGGCUAUAAAUCUCCUACAUCCAGACAAAAUUCAAACAUAUCGCCUUCUGUUUCCAAUAUCACCAGUGAAUCCCAGUUUGAUUCCUUACUAUCAUCAAGUAGGAGAGCUCCUUUUUCUGGAAUAGGGCAAACUUUGAGCGGAAAAGUUAUUGACUCUGGGAUUAAUCUCAAAAACCUAGUUCUAAUGAUAGGCGCUUCUUGGUGUGGCCCUUGUAGAUCUAUGAAGCCUUUUUUUCAGGAGUUAAGCCGUCGUUACAGCGCUACAUUUGCUUAUGUCGAUGUAGACACUGUUCCUUCAAUAUCAGAAAGGCUACGCGCCCACAGCUUACCAACAUUUAUCAUUUUUGGUGGAAACGAUUCCAAAAUAAAGGAAAUCAAUAGGAUCGUCGGCGCUGAUAAGAAUGGAUUGGUGGCUGCAUUGUCAAAAUUGUAA